AUGAGCGCGGUGCUGGAUGUGCUGUGGGAGGACAGGGAUGUCCGCUUCGACAUCUCCCCGCAACAAAUGAAAAUGAGACCUGGAGAGGUCCUUAUAGACUGCUUAGAGUCUGUUGAAGAUACCAAAGGAAACAAUGGAGACAGAGGUAGACUGCUUGUAACAAAUUUGCGGAUUGUUUGGCGCUCAUUGUCAUUGCCCAGAGUCAAUCUCUCUGUUGGUUACAACUGCAUUGUAAAUAUAACUACAAGAACUGCCAACUCAAAAUUACGAGGGCAGACAGAAGCUCUGUAUAUAUUGACUAAAUGCAACAAUACACGGUUUGAGUUCAUAUUUACCAAUGUUGUCCCCGGGAGUCCCAGGCUCUUCACUUCAGUUAUUGCUGUACACAGAGCUUAUGAAACUUCUAAAAUGUAUCGUGAUCUGAAGCUGAGAAGUGCGUUGAUUCAAAACAAGCAACUGAGACUAUUACCACAAGAACAAAUAUAUGAUAAAAUCAAUGGAGUUUGGAAUUUAUCAAGUGACCAGGGAAAUUUGGGAACAUUUUUUAUUACUAAUGUGAGAAUAGUUUGGCAUGCAAAUAUGAAUGACAGCUUUAAUGUCAGCAUACCAUAUCUACAAAUUCGUUCAAUAAAAAUAAGAGACUCAAAGUUUGGCUUGGCGCUUGUGAUAGAGAGUUCUCAGCAGAGUGGAGGAUAUGUACUUGGUUUUAAAAUAGACCCUGUGGAGAAACUACAGGAGGCAGUGAAAGAAAUUAAUUCACUUCACAGAGUUUAUUCAGCUAACCCUAUAUUUGGAGUGGAUUAUGAAAUGGAAGAAAAGCCUCAACCUCUUGAAGACCUAACAGUGGAGCAGGUUCAAGAUGAUGUGGAAAUAGAAUCUGAUGAACAUACAGAUGCUUUUGUGGCUUACUUUGCUGAUGAAAACAAGCAACAUGAUCGGGAGCCUGUUUUUUCAGAAGAACUAGGACUUGCAAUAGAGAAGCUAAAGGACGGAUUCACACUCCAGGGACUCUGGGAAGUAAUGACCUGAUUUAGGUUGGCACGCGUUUGUUUCCUAAGCAAGGAAAGACUCUCGUUUCUCACUGGGCUUGUGAGAUGUGUAGAAGAUAAUUUAGAAAUACCAGAGUAGCAGAAAAUGAACAUGCCAAAGCUAAGAGCAGGGAAAUAUUAGCUAAUAUACCCUCAGGAUAUGUCAUAAAGGAAAGAUUAUUCAAAAUCCUCGUAUGUGUAAAAGCUUUGUAUUUAUUACAUUGUUUCUGUAAGUAGUGGGAGGACAACCAAUAUCUAAUAUAAGAAGGGGCAGGGCCCCAGCUGUUGGUGGAAGCCCCGCCCCCUGCAGGUAGUCACAUGUUCCACAAGCCCCAGAAGUCCCGCCCUUCCUCUGGUCACAUGGUGUAAGGACUCGAGAAGUCCCUGCUCUCAGUCUGUCAGGCUACAAGGACCUGGAAGUCCCUCUCCACUACGUGCAUGGUGGCUGCCGUUUUACUUCAGCAGCCAUUAUGUAAAAUGUCAUACCUCACCUUUUCAUACAGUUUGUGAUUGGCUGACUGCAGGUUUUGACGCACUCAUACCCCAGGUGUUGUCAGGCAUGUGAUUGGCAGGACUAGCCAUCCCAUCCUGCUUCCCCCAGGAGGGUGUCAAAGCAGGAAGCCCCCUGCCCUAACAACACAGGGCCUGCCAUGGUGUUUCAGCCACCAUUUUAUGGAAAGUAGCCAGCAUUUUUUUUACAACUUCAUGACCCAUGUGUUUACAUACUGCCCUGUGAUUGGCUGCCAGGACCAGCCACUGCCUGCCAUUUUACAUGGAAGUAUGUCAGAAAAGGAAGCCUCCUCUUCCUACGUACAUGGAUACCACCGUUUGAGAUAGGGCAGUGUGUGGCAUUUAAAUUGAGCAUCAAACUAUAGUAUUCAUGUAUUUAUACACAGUGAUGUACUUUCCAUAAUGAUUAUAUCUAAAUCAAAUUUCCAUAACUUGUUUAAUGUUGUGCAACAUGGAAAUAUCAUCAUAUGCAGAACAUUUUGUAUCUAGGCAUAUUGGCUGUGUCAUUGCAGCGGUGCUGUGUUACUGACAACUUUGACAAAAAGCAAUACUGUUCCAAAUAUUAGUUUUCAUGUCUCAUAGUUUUGUUAAAUGUUCAGCACAUAUCAUUCCAGGUACUUCAUUGUAAUCCAGAUAGCCUCGU